UUAGUUUGUAGAAAAUAUAUUAUCAAUGGCACCACUGGAGAUACUUCUGGAUUUGCAUUUCUGGGUUACAUCGCAAUUUAUACGCUGUGUUGUAUUAAAAAAACAAUAAUAUUAAGGCAAUUUCUAUCUGCAGUAUUGUUUAUCGCAAUUGUUUAUUCCUGGAGUAUUGCUGAAGAAGAUAAAUCACUAGCGACAGAACAUGUUGGAAUUUUAAGCUGUGGGUUUACGAUUUUGUUUUUUGCGUCUCCUCUGACCAUGCUGGCUCAUGUCAUAAAACAUAAAAGCGCUGAUAGCCUGCCAUUUCCUGUGAUAAUAUCAUCUCUGGUUGUCUCAUGCCAGUGGUUCGCCUACGGAACUCUUAUAGACGACCUUUACAUCCAGUUGCCAAAUUUCCUCGGUUGUGUUUUGUCAGCAUUUCAACUGUCGCUGUUUGUUAUUUUUCCAAGCAAAAAAAAUGGCGAAGUUCGUCUUGUUUAAAUCUUAAGUUCGUCUUGUUUAAAUUUUAUUUUACUUAUCACUAA